ACAUUGUAAUCGAAAUUUUAUUUACUGAGUGAGGGUUUUCUAUCUUUAGCAACGUGCUUCUUAGGAAUAAUCCACAACGUGGUUGUAGACUCUAGUUAGACAUAAGUAUAAAGCAUCCCUGAAAAGCAAAGUAGACCAAACAGAGGAAAAUGACUGUCAAAGGUCAGCAAAACAGAAAAAGGAAAUUAUCAGAUUCACCAGCACAGUCAAAAGUCCCUCCAAAAUCUCCCUUGUCUACACCACAAAAUAAAAAAGUUAACACACCUCAACCACAGAAAUCAGCGCAGAAGGCCCAAACUCCUCAACAGCAGCAGCUAAAAAACACUCCCAAAUCUGCCAAAAAUUCUGGGAAGAAACAAAUUGUGAAAUCUAAAACACCAGCCAAAAAAGAAUCUGAAGAAAGUGAAGAGGAAGUAGAUUCAGAGGAUGAGGCUGGGGAAGAUGCUGAAGUUGUUCAACCUUCUAGCAAGAAAAUCAAACUUGCUUCACCUGUCAAAGCUGAUAAAUCUGCUAGCAAUGUAAAAGUAGAACAGAAAACAUCUCCCAUCAAAGAACCUGCCUCUAAUACAGCUUCAAAGAUUACGACAGACACUGAGCGAAAAGGCAAUUAUGAUGCAAGAACAUUGUUUGUUAAAAAUUUACCAGGAAAUUGUUCUGUCAAAGAAAUCAAAGCACUUUCCAGUGACAUCAAGCUUGUUAGGUUAAGGAUAAAUAUGAAUAAAUUUAAUGAGAAAAGAAAUAGAUCAGCUUAUGCAUAUGUUGAGUUUGCUAGUGAAGAAAUAGCAGAGAAAAAUGUCAAAGUCUUGGAAGCUGCUUCCAUCAGGGGCAAACAGUUAGUGGUUGACUAUGUUGGAGAAAAAAGCAAACAUAAGAAGGAACAAAAACAAACAGAAGAGUUUGAUCCACUGAAGCUGUAUAUAGCUGGUCUACCUGCUGAUGCAACUGAAGCAGACCUACGAAAAAUUUUCCCCAAGGCUAAAGAAAUUGUGAUACCUAUCAGGAAGAAAGAUAAAAAAGCAUAUGGCUAUGGAUUUGCCACAUUCGCCACUGCUCAGCUUGCAAAAGAGUAUCAUGAUAAAACACAGGAAAUUAGCAUGAAAGACAAUACUCUAGUUGUUUUGUAUGCCAAGGUUAGGAAGCCAGAGGAAGAGAAGAAAUCUGAGAACAAGAAGGAGGCUCAAAAAAAGCAGACUAAAACCAAAGAAGUAAAGAAAGCACAGCCUGCAAAGGGUAAAGAACCAGAAAAAAUGGAAGAAGAUGAUGAUGAUGACGACGACGACGAUGAUGAUGAUGAUGACGAGGAUGAUGAGGAGGAGGAAGAUGGAGAGGAGGGUGAAGGAGAUGAUGAUGAUGAUGAUGAGGAAGACGACGAUGAUGAUGAGGAAGACGAUGAUGAUGAUGAAUAAACUGUACUGUUUUUCUUGUUUUAUAAAAAGAGACCAUGAGUUUAUGUAUAUUAAAUUUAAUUAUCUUAAAUGUGA